UUCAUUUGUUAAGAAUAUUUUGAGAUAGCAAGACGUGUAAGAAGAUUGUUUACGAUUUAUUAAAUGGAUAAAAUUGACGAGAGUACAAUUUUGAAGCCUGGUGCAAAAAUUAAGCCACAAAUUGACGCUUCCGUAGCCAAACAGUAUGCACUAAAGCUUUACGGAAUACACGCUCUAGAUGUUUGUGAACUGAACUCGUACGACGACCGAAACUUUUUGAUUUUCGCUGAUAAAAGCGUUAAAAAUCCUUUCAUCAAAAAUUUCUGCCCACAUGGAUAUGUCUUGAAAUUUCUAAACUCAUUUGACUCUAAAAAAUCUGCUUUCAUUGAAGGUCAAACGGCGUUAUCGCUUUACCUGUCAUCACAGAAAGUUUUAUGUCCACGACAAUUACAAAAUGCGCAAGGAAAAUAUUAUUCACUUGAAGGAGAAAAUAUUGUUCGGUUGUAUGAAUAUAUUCCUGGAAAAUUAUUAUGCGAUGUUACACCCACACCCAAUCUUUUUUAUCAAGCCGGGCUUUAUCUUGGAAAACUGCAAGCGACAUUAAAGAAUUUCCAACAUGAUGGUUACACCAAUUACAGAACUCUUUGGAUGAUGCAAUCAGUUUCGCAUUUUGAAGAAUACGUGAACAUUGUUAAUGAAGCAAAUCGCGGGAUGGUAGAAACAAUAAUAAAACAAUUCAAAGAACGAGUCUUAGCAAAUAUCGAUCAAUUUCCCAAACAAUUAAUCCACGGAGAUUUUAAUGAGCAAAAUGUUCUUGUCGAAAAGAGUGGAAACAGCGCCGAUUACAAAGUGAUUGGAUUUUUGGAUUUUGGUGAUACGCAUUACUCCCCUUUGUUGUUUGAUCUUGCAAUCGCUUUGACGUACAAUAUGUUGAUAACUGGAGAAAUUGCGACCGGAGGGUAUUUCAUUGCUGGUUAUAAAAUGACGAGACUUAUUCCAGAAAGUGAGAUGAAAAUUUUGAAGCUUUGUGUUUGUUUAAGAUUAUGUCAAAGUUUAGUUCUUGGAUUGUAUACACAUCAAUUUGAUAAGAGUAAUAAUUAUUUACUAACAACACAAACAAUUGGAUGGAAACUUUUAGAAGAUCUUUUCUCUCGAACCGAUGCUGAAGUUAUCGACAUUUGGAAUGAAGUUUCGGACGAUUAUUUGACACAAAGUUACAAAUAAUUUCAAUAUCUUUAAUAUUUUAAGUAUUCUCAUAGUUAAACAUUUUAUUAAUCAACAUGUUAAUUAAUGAAUGAAUCGAUAAUGAAAAUAAUUUUGUUUGUUGAUUAAAUUUCAUCGGAAGCAAUUUUUAUUGAAUGUUAAUUAAAUUACAUAUGAUUGUGUGUAAACAUCAGAUGGUUAAAUAAAUUAAUAAACAAGGAA